AUGACAUUAGAAAUUGUGGUCCGAGAAAUGUCAAACGGAGAAGCCUGGUCACUUGAUAGAGGACUGAUACUUGCAUACGCAGAUGAUAUUAUAAUCACUGGAAAUACUCGAGUAGAAGUUCAAAUGAAUCUGAAGAAAUUAAUGAGGGCAGGUAAAAAUAUGGGCCUAGUAUUAAAUAUGGAGAAGACAAAGUACAUGGUAGAAACAAGAGGACCAGAGGAUAGUUCCAACCUUAAAAUAGAAAAUAAUAAAUUGGAACAAGUUAAAGAAUUUAAGUACCUUGGAGUAACUCUAAGCAACAAAAAUAUUAUGCAUGAAGAAAUAAAUGUGAUGCUGAAAAAUAUUUUGCAAUGGAGACGCUGUUUAAAUCAAAAACACUAUCGAAAAAAGUCAAAGAAAAUUUGUAUAUAUAAGCUACAUAAGACCAGUACUGACUUAUGCAUGUGCGAUGUGCCACAUGGUCCACAACUAAAGGUGACGAAGAGAAACCAAGAAGAUUUGAAAGGAAAAUCCUAA